AUGGGUCGAAUAGGUCUUAGAGAGAUCAGACCACCGAUACUCAGUCGGAUACCUGGUCUAUUGGGAUUGGUGAUAGUGGCAAUUGCUUUGUUAUCAUGUAUUGAAGCCCGCUCACCCCAUCCACCACCUUUACGUCGACUCGUGCACCCUCAAUCAUCAUCUCUUGAGAUCUUACCUCGUCGGCCACCCUCAAAUAACAACCUAAAUCCAAGGUAUAUAACGCACCUACCACCCCACCCCUCAUCACUCAAACAUUCCGAUACCGUCAUUCUCAAAAUCGCUUUGGACGAUUCGACCUUAUCGCCAUUCGAGCAAGUAAGCUUAUUACUCCGACCGACCGAAAAUCUGUUUCAUCCUGAUGCCAAAAUCUCCUAUGGCGAUGCCACAAAGACCGAGAAGUUGAAAGAGGAAGAUUGGAGAUUGUUCACGGGCGAGGUGAUACAUCCGACAUGGAUAGAAAGAAUAAAAUCAUUAGAAUCUUCUGGACAUGCUCUAGAUCUAUAUAGGGGUCACGAUUCGGUGAUUGGUCAAGCAAGUAUAAUGAUUCAUGAAGCUCAUGAGGAGAAUACAGUCUUCGAAGGGACCUUUACAAUUUACGGUGUGAGAUAUAAUGUGAUGACCCGAGAGAAUUAUCAACGUAUAAAGACCAAUGAAGAUAUAGAUGUAGAAUCGUUAGGCUCAAGAAUGGUUGUUUUUAGAGAUAUCGAUAUGACUCAUCAACACAAACUCAACUCGUCCACUCAAUAUGAACAUGAUAAACAAUUUGGAUCUGGAUCAAGUUGUUCCCAUGAUAAUUUACCAUUCAACAAUGAACUAAACAACCCCAUAUUCCGAACUCCAUCUUCCUCAGACGAAUCAUUCAUCUCACCAUAUUUCGGAUUCGGAGGGUUAUUCGGUAAAAGAGACGAUUAUGGAGGAAUGACCGUAUCAUCUAAUUUCAUUGAUAGUAUAGGAAGCAACAAUGGUUGUCCAAAACAACAACAGAUCGUCUAUAUGGGAGUAGCCCUAGAUUGCAAUUACGUAGCAGCUUACAGCUCUCCCGAUCAAGCCAGGACACAGGUGUUGAAUGAUUGGAAUCAAAUUUCGGCUUUGUACAAAUCAACCUUCAAUAUUUCUUUGGGAAUUAUAGAAUUACAAGUUAGGAAUAUGACUUGUCCGUCUACUCCUCCUUCAGGAGAGGAAUGGAAUGUCCCCUGUGGCAAGAACCUGACGCUAGAUGAAAGAUUGAGCUUGUUCAGUCAGUGGAGAGGUGAUAAAGGGGAUGAUGGAGCGGGGUUGUGGCAUUUGAUGAGUGCUUGUCCUACCGACUCGGAAGUAGGUGUAGCUUGGCUCGGUACAUUAUGUCAAAAUACAGCGACCCAACAAUCAGGCCAAACCGUCUCUGGAACUGGUAUAUCCACAGCGACCAAGACGGAAUGGAGCUUGGUAGCACACGAGAUUGGUCACGGGUUCGGUGCAAUUCACGAUUGUACAUCCGGCUGCUCGUUGUCCGGUUCGUGUUGUCCUUUGUCAAGCUCGAGUUGUGAUGCCGGAGGAUCAUAUAUCAUGAACCCGACAACGUCGAGCAGUGAACAGACUUUUUCAGCUUGUACUUUGGGCAAUAUCUGUACCAAUAUCGGAAAUCGAGCUAUAUCCACCAAUUGUAUCACAAGUCCUGGAAGUAGAACCGUCAUUUCCUUGCAACAAUGUGGCAAUGGUAUCGUGGAAGAUGGUGAAGACUGCGAUCCAGGAAGCAACUCCACCUCAGCAUGUUGUGACGCUUCAACCUGCAAAUUCCGUGGUGGUGCUGUGUGUGAUCCCACCAACGCAGCAUGCUGUACAAGUAGCUGUCAACUCGCAUCAGCAGGAACGGUCUGUCGAUCCAGUAUAGAUUCAACCUGCGAUUACGAAGAGACCUGUACAGGAUCGAAUUCGACUUGUCCUGAUGACCGAACUGCACCUGACGGUACAAAGUGCGGUGAUGAUGGUUUAGCCUGCGCUUCGGGUAAAUGUACGAGUUUGAACCAACAGUGUAAACUUGCCGGAUCGAGCUUAGGCUUGUCGCAGGCCUGUGGUCAGAAGGAUGAUAAGACCUGUACGGUUAGCUGUAGAGAUCCUAAUGUAACAAACCAAUGUGUUGUCUUGCAAACUUCCCUGGUGGAUGGAUCACCCUGUGGCUACGGUGGUCAUUGUUACAACCAGACAUGUAAAGCUGGAUCAUGGCAGGAUACCGCUGCAGCUUGGUACACUCAGAACUUGCAGAUCUCCAUCCCUGUGACUAUCGUUGUAGGAUUACUAGUCCUCGGCCUUCUAUGGGCCAUCAUCAAAUGCACCUUCGCGGCAUGUUGCGGUACAAAACAACGACGACCCCCUAAUUCACGUAACAAUGGUACAAGGGAUUCUGCAUACGUUCCAGCACCUACUGGUCCACCUCCUCCCCCAAACAUGUCACAGCUUCCUCCACCACCUGCACACACCCUACAAAGACAUUCCGCCUCGAUUACCUCUGGUGAUCCCUUGAUGCGAACUGGAGUGAUUGACAGAGAUCCCAGUCCGAUCCCACCUCCUCAGGGACAGGGAGGUACUUAUGAUAAUGGUUAUGGCGGAUAUAACAACCCUAAUCCUUAUGGUAAUUCCUAUGGACAAGGGUAUGCUUAUCAGGAUGGAGGGAACCCCAACCUCAGGAACUCGGGGAGUGGUUGGGUAGAUGCUAGUAGUUAUAAUGGACCGAAUUAUGGGUAUCGUGAAGCUUAUGGAAGAUAA